AUGUCCCAUCAGAGAGAACCCAUGUUCUGCAAGGUGUCUAGUGACAACAGAGUGGACCUCUUGAACCAACAUCUUACUGAAGUUCCAAGAAAUUUGCCAAGAAGCACUCAAUAUCUUGACCUGUCUCACAACAACAUCACACAUCUGCAUGACCAGGAUCUGAUGGGUCUACCAGAUCUCUGUGUUUUGAAGAUCACGCAUAAUGGUCUGCAGGAUAUCUCGCCCUCUGUAUUCCAGGGAAACCCCAAGGUCCAGAUCCUCAACAUCUCCUACAAUGCUCUGAGAAUCAUCCCGGAGCUGAAUUUGCCUAAUCUCAUAAUUCUAGACAUUUCCGAAAACCUCUAUGGAUCUUACACUCUGAGGAAAUCCUACAAAGAUUUAUUGAGCCUCUCAUAUCUUGCUCUUGGAAGCCCACAAGCACGAUCAGUACAUUUAGCUGAUUUUGCACCACUUCAUGAAAUUUCUCUCAGGAAGCUUCAACUAGGAGGUGGUGUUGAACUGGAUCAUUAUGAAGCUGGUUCUUUGGCUCAGCUACCUGUGAUACAAGACCUGACUCUCAAAAUGACCUUUUGUGAACAUCCAGAGGCUUUUCAAAGCAUCCUUCAAGACCUUGAUCAAACAAAAACUGAGAGCCUGACCCUGAUAAAGUUUGUUCCUGAUCUGUGCAACGUUUCCAGUGAUAUAACUGACAAACUGAGAAACAUGACCUACCUUGGCAACCUUACUUUCCAAGACACCUGGUUCAAUAGCUCCGUAUUGGCAAAAGUAGUGUGUAACAUUAUCCAGUCUCCAGUUAAGGCUCUGUCAUUUCUUAAUAUAACCUUUGCAGAAGACACAGAUGGAGGGAUCAAGAUUCAUAAUAUCCCAGGAUAUAAUAAAUCAGGAAAUGUAGAAUUCCUAACAUUUGAUACUAUUCAUCAUUACCAGUACAGUUUCCCUGUGAUCAGUAUCAAUGCAACAUUUUUUUCCCACUUGAUCAUUUUAAAGUUUUCUGGCACUGGAAUGAGCAUAAUUCCAUGCAAUUUAAUUUCUGCACUACCAUCUCUUCAAAUCCUUGAUCUCUCAGACAAUCUUUUAAAUGAACUGGGGUUUUGGUGGCCAGUAUGCACUAAUUCCCACGUAUUCCCUGCUCUCAGACACCUCUACUUGAGAAACAACAAGUUUGAAAAUCUCCAAUUCACCUCAAACCACACCCAUGGCAUGAAAAAUUUGACAGUGCUAGACCUAAGUGCCAACUCCUUUAAACUUAUUGGAAAAACCUCAUGGCCUUCUCACCUAUCUGAUCUCUCUCUGAGUGACAACACCCUGGGUGAUGCUGUUUUCAAUUACCUCUCUCCUUACUUACAAAGGGUUAAUCUAUCACACACAGACAUUACUGCUUUGACACAAGAAGCUCUUUCUCAACUUCCCAGUUUAAAAUCUCUGUUUUUGAGCUCCAACAAUAUCAACCAUUUGCCUCCAGAUCUUUCAGCACCCCAGUUGGAAGAACUACAUAUUGACCAAAACAAUAUCAACACACUUAAAGAAAACUCAUUUAAAGGACUGAGUGGACUGAAGAGAUUCAAAGCAGGAAAAAAUCCAUUUGCCUGCACUUGUGACAUGUACUGGUUCGUGACCAGUUUCAAUAAAUCACUGUUAAUAGACUGGCCAUCAGACUACAUCUGCUCCUCCCCAGAUGAAAUGGCAGGCAUGGCUUUAGAAAAAUAUCAUCCAGGUUGGGUAUCUUGCACCCCAUGGAUUCAAGCAGUGAUUAGUCAACUGAUGACUCUCACUGUUGUUUCUGUCUUGGGUUUUACUUUCUACAUUUUUGAUGGCGCUUGGUAUCUUCGGAUGCUGUGGGUAUGGUUGAGGGUGAAGAAGAGGGGUCACAAGGGGGCAGACAGAUUGAAGAAUGCCAUCUUCAAGUACCACGCCUUUAUCUCAUACAGCCAGAAAGACUCAGAAUGGGUGGACAACCAGCUGGUGCCCAACCUGGAGGCAGCACAAUUCAGCCUUUGCAUCCAUGAGAGAGACUUUGUCCCUGGGGACUGGAUCAUAGACAACAUCAUCAACUGUGUGGAAAGAAGCUAUAAGACGCUCUUUGUUCUCUCACACAACUUUGUUCAGAGCGAGUGGUGCAACUAUGAGCUGUUUUUUGCCCAACACCGUGCUAUGAGCAUCCAGCAGGACUCUCUGGUCUUCAUCCUUCUGGAACCCAUUCCCACCGACUCCCUCCCCAAGAAGUUCCUGAAGCUGAGGACUCUACUCAGGCAACAGACCUACUUGGAAUGGCACAAGGACGAGCGAAAGCAGCAAGUGUUCUGGGUCAGCUUGAGGAGCAUGCUUAAGACAGCUGACAAGAACAUGGUUCUGGAGCGUGUUGCUAAAGAGAUGACAGACAUGUGUCCCUUAAUCACAGACACUGAUUGGUUCUAA